AAAGAGAGAGAAAAGACGCAAGAAGAGAGGUAAAGCUUUAGCAUCCUUUUAGUACAAAAACCUUUAAUGCAAUAGGAUUUUCCUUUUGGGCAACUGCCACCCCAAAGAGGAAAGAGAGAAUCACCGUCGUUCCAACUCUGACGUUUUCAACUAGAAGUUACAGACUUAAGCCAGUGUUAAUACACGGAUGGUAAUGGUAUGCAGUCCACCGUAGAAAAUAUCCUUGGGCUGAAGAAGUGCAACUGGAUGUUGUGUGUGUGUUCAAUACAAGAAGCUCCUAUAUCCUGUGGGUAACAGAGGCAAAAUGUGGAGAGAAUGACUGACGAUAAAUCUGUGAAUUUGUUCUCCGGAGUUGCUAAUUUGCCAGCCCGAAGCAACACAUUUCUCAAGAAGGAAACGUUUUGCUGCUUGUGAAUUCUCCCCAAACUGGUGCUACCAGAUGCAUUGUGUCGGAACAAAUCAUUGCGAACUGCAGCAUGUCGAGAAAGGUAGAGAGAGAUAACUAACUUGCCGUUUCCAAAUAAGAAAUGAGAUGUAAUGCAUCCGACAGUCCAUGUACGCCUUCUCUUGCAAAUUGUGUACCAUUCCUCAGUGGGAGCCUUUAAAUCCUAAAAUCCAGGAAAAGAAAAUAAAUACAUUAUCAUGGACCUGAGGGAUUUUUACCUGUUGGCCGCUCUGAUUGCCUGUUUAAGGCUGGAUUCUGCUAUAGCCCAAGAACUUAUUUACACUAUAAGAGAGGAGCUGCCUGAAAAUGUACCCAUAGGAAAUAUACCAAAGGACUUGAACAUUUCUCACAUCAAUGCUGCCACAGGGACCAGUGCCAGCCUCGUCUACAGACUGGUUUCUAAAGCUGGGGAUGCCCCUUUGGUCAAAGUGUCCAGUAGCACUGGGGAAAUCUUUACCACCUCUAAUAGAAUAGACAGAGAAAAACUCUGUGCUGGAGCCUCAUAUGCUGAAGAGAAUGAAUGUUUCUUUGAACUUGAAGUGGUGAUUCUCCCCAAUGAUUUCUUUAGACUGAUCAAAAUAAAAAUAAUUGUAAAGGAUACCAAUGACAAUGCACCGAUGUUCCCAUCUCCUGUCAUCAAUAUCUCCAUUCCAGAAAACACUUUGAUCAACAGCCGAUUUCCAAUCCCAUCAGCCACAGAUCCUGACACAGGUGUCAAUGGUGUGCAGCACUAUGAGUUGUUAAAUGGGCAGAGUGUAUUUGGGUUGGAUAUUGUGGAAACUCCAGAGGGAGAGAAGUGGCCCCAAUUGAUUGUACAGCAAAACUUGGAUAGAGAGCAGAAAGAUACCUAUGUGAUGAAAAUCAAAGUGGAAGAUGGAGGUACCCCUCAGAAAUCCAGCACAGCCAUACUGCAAGUCACAGUAAGUGAUGUUAAUGACAACAGGCCAGUGUUUAAAGAGGGUCAGGUGGAGGUUCAUAUUCCAGAAAAUGCCCCCGUAGGUACUUCUGUCAUUCAGCUUCAUGCAACCGAUGCAGAUAUAGGAAGCAAUGCAGAAAUCCGAUAUAUUUUUGGUGCCCAAGUUGCUCCUGCAACCAAAAGACUCUUUGCUUUAAAUAAUACUACAGGGCUGAUUACAGUUCAGAGGUCCUUAGACCGAGAGGAGACAGCCAUUCACAAAGUGACAGUGCUGGCUAGUGAUGGUAGCUCCACUCCUGCCCGGGCCACAGUUACUAUUAAUGUCACUGAUGUAAAUGAUAACCCUCCUAACAUAGACCUCAGGUACAUCAUAAGUCCCAUCAAUGGUACGGUGUACUUAUCCGAGAAAGAUCCUGUCAAUACAAAGAUUGCCCUAAUUACAGUUUCAGAUAAGGACACUGACGUGAAUGGCAAAGUGAUCUGUUUCAUUGAAAGAGAGGUCCCAUUUCACUUGAAGGCAGUUUACGACAACCAGUAUUUGUUAGAGACCUCUUCCUUGUUGGACUAUGAGGGCACCAAAGAAUUCAGCUUUAAAAUUGUUGCCUCUGAUUCUGGGAAGCCCAGUUUGAACCAGACUGCCCUGGUAAGAGUUAAGCUGGAGGAUGAAAAUGACAACCCUCCAAUUUUCAGCCAGCCUGUAAUUGAGCUGUCAGUUUCUGAAAACAACCGACGGGGGCUAUACUUAACAACUAUUAGUGCCACAGACGAAGACAGUGGGAAAAAUGCAGACAUUGUUUAUCAGCUUGGACCGAAUGCUUCCUUCUUUGAUCUGGACCGAAAGACAGGGGUCUUGACGGCCUCCAGAGUUUUUGACCGGGAAGAGCAAGAAAGGUUCAUUUUUACUGUAACUGCUAGGGACAAUGGGACCCCUCCCCUGCAGAGUCAAGCUGCUGUGAUAGUUACUGUGCUGGACGAGAAUGAUAAUAGUCCUAAGUUUACUCAUAAUCACUUUCAGUUCUUUGUGUCUGAGAACUUACCAAAGUAUAGUACGGUUGGGGUGAUCACUGUGACAGAUGCAGAUGCUGGAGAGAAUAAAGCUGUGACCCUUUCUAUCCUGAACGACAAUGAGAAUUUUGUCUUGGAUCCUUACUCUGGGGUUAUAAAGUCAAAUGUCUCCUUUGACCGAGAACAGCAGAGCUCCUAUACCUUUGAUGUCAAGGCCAUUGAUGGAGGGCAGCCACCCCGUUCCUCUACUGCCAAGGUUACCAUCAAUGUCAUGGAUGUCAAUGACAAUAGCCCUGUUGUCAUCUACCCACCUUCUAAUACUUCUUUCAAGUUGGUGCCACUUUCAGCCAUCCCGGGCUCAGUGGUAGCAGAAGUGUUUGCUGUGGAUAUUGACACUGGAAUGAAUGCUGAACUUAAAUAUACAAUAGUCAGUGGGAACAACAAAGGCUUAUUCCGUAUUGAUCCAGUGACAGGCAACAUUACUUUGGAAGAAAAACCAGCUCCUACUGAUGUGGGGCUGCACCGUUUAGUGGUCAACAUAAGUGACCUGGGGUAUCCUAAGUCUUUGCAUACCCUGGUGCUUGUUUUUUUGUAUGUCAAUGACACUGCAGGAAAUGCUUCUCAUAUCUAUGACUUGAUUCGGAGGACUAUGGAGACCCCCUUGGACAGGAACAUAGGGGACAGUAGUCAACCCUAUCAAAAUGAAGACUAUCUCACGAUCAUGAUUGCCAUUGUGGCAGGGGCCAUGGUGGUCAUAGUGGUGAUCUUUGUCACCGUCCUGGUUCGCUGUCGCCAUGCAUCUAGGUUCAAAGCGGCUCAGAGGAGCAAGCAAGGUGCUGAGUGGAUGUCUCCUAAUCAGGAGAACAAGCAGAACAAGAAAAAGAAAAGGAAGAAAAGGAAGUCACCUAAGAGUUCCCUUUUGAACUUUGUUACCAUCGAGGAGUCCAAACCUGAUGAUGCAGUCCAUGAACCUAUCAACGGGACCAUAAGCCUGCCAGCAGAGCUGGAGGAGCAAAGUAUAGGAAGAUUUGACUGGGGCCCAGCACCACCAACAACCUUCAAGCCCAACAGUCCUGACCUCGCCAAGCAUUACAAAUCUGCCUCUCCACAAUCUGCUUUUCAUCUCAAACCAGACACUCCAGUAUCAGUGAAAAAGCACCACGUGAUUCAGGAACUUCCUCUGGACAACACCUUUGUUGGGGGUUGUGACACCCUUUCGAAACGAUCUUCCACUAGUUCAGACCACUUCAGUGCCUCAGAGUGCAGCUCCCAAGGAGGUUUCAAGACAAAGGGCCCUUUACACACCAGACAGUGUAAUACACACAGCAAAGGUGACAGUAUUCCUGUCACUCCUCAGAAAUGUCCCAGCUCUGCGGGUUUCCACAUUCAGGAGAAUGAAGAAAGCCAUUAUGAGUCUCAGCGCCGUGUUACGUUUCACCUCCCUGAUGGUUCUCAAGAAAGCUGCAGUGACAGUGGUCUAGGAGACCAUGAGCCUGUGGGUAGUGGAACCCUGAUCUCACACCCUCUUCCUCUGGUUCAGCCACAGGACGAAUUCUACGACCAGGCCUCACCGGACAAGAGGACUGAAGCUGAUGGAAAUUCUGACCCCAAUUCUGAUGGGCCUUUGGGUCCCCGAGGAUUAGCUGAAGCUACAGAGAUGUGCACCCAAGAAUGUUUGGUGUUGGGUCAUUCCGAUAACUGCUGGAUGCCUCCUGGCCUGGGUCCCUACCAACAGCCCAAAUCUCCUCUCUCCACCUUUGCUCCUCAAAAGGAAUGGGUGAAGAAGGACAAACUGGUGAAUGGGCACACAUUGACCAGGACCUGGAAAGAAGAUAGCAACAGGAACCAGUUCAAUGACCGGAAGCAGUUUGGUCCCAAUGAAGCCCAUUUCAACAGUGGCAGCCACAUGAGUGACAUACCAUUGGCUAAUUUGAAGUCUUAUAAACAAGCAUCAGGAGCUGUUGAGAGUCCCAAGGAGCACCAACUAUAAGAAAUGGUUGCUUGGGACUGAAUGACUUUAGCCUAUGUAGACUUGCUAAUACUGCGUGUGUCAGAGCUUUACGUAUUCGGUAGAUCUCUAGAACUAUGCUUCUUAUAACAGGGAUGUGCACAUCUUUGCAUUAGCACUAUGAAAAGUAUGAUGUCAUGCAACUCAAGGGAGAAAAUACUUCUACUCCUGUGGUUUUGUUUACCAGAAUUGAGUAAACUCCACAGAUAUCUCUCUAUAGUGCAAAUAUCCCUUUGUGAGUUUUGUUUUUUGACUCUGGACUGCUGCUAUGAACAACAGAAGAUAUACUUGGAAAGUGAGAAAGGUCAAAGGAUUGCAAUGAUUGACAAGCAUAUCCAGUUAGAAAAUUGUACUCUUGUUGUCAUUAAUUUGUGCUGGGACCACUAUACUUGACAUCAUACUUCAAACAACUUAAAUGAUAAACUUAAACCUA